AGCGGCCAGCCUCCGGAUGCACGGGUUUUCGACUUGCCCACCGAGCUCCUGUUCCAAAUAUUUGAACAAUGCUGCUUUUCAGAGCAUCCUCACACCAUACUUCGUCUAUCGAUGGUGUGCUCGAGGUGGAGGGACAUUAGUCUCAGCCUUCCUCACAUAUGGUCCACCAUCGGUAUACCAAUCGACGUCCAGCCUCGCAAAGUGCUCAAAAAGCGGCAGGACAUCGUGGAUCUCUAUCUCCAGCGCUCGAAUACAUCCCCGCUGUCCAUAAUUCUCUAUUCCCAAUCCGGUGCAGUGAAUAGGGAAACUAUGCGCGCCUUCGUAAUCUGGUUCGAACCUCUAAUCACCCUCCUUCGUACGCACGCGCAUCGAUGGCGUACGAUAGAGGUUAGGGCCUAUUUUCCUACUUGUUCAUACCACCACCUCUUUGCUCCCGGCAUAGACAUGGGGAUGCUCGAGAGCCUGAGUGUUCAUGAGACCGAUAGCUCCUUCCACCUUCAUCGCUUCCCCGGAUUCUCCACCGCCGCCAAACUCCAGACUGUCCAUGCUUCUAAGACGCCUUUCUUCGCUCAAGACUCCACCACCUUCCCCGCGUCCCAAAUUCGUACUCUAGUGCUAGAGGACAUGAUGCUAUAUUUUACCACACCCGACAUUGUCGCCUCUUUCCCGAACGCGACAGACCUGACAAUCAUACCUCAUACGACCAUCUACGGGCACAAUCGCUUCGCUACCAGCAGCAUCCGCCACACCGGAAUCACUUCCUUGACAUUAUCUGUGUUAUGCUCGCCUAUCCAGCUAACGGACAUAAUGUCGCGCAUGGAACUGCCCAAUCUUCGGACACUCAUACUCGUCUCCGGACCCCGGAAGCAGUCCCGACGCCGCUUUGAUGCGUCCUGCAUUGAACAUUUGUUCCGGUACUCCGGAGAUUCGCUCCGCCACCUCAUCAUUGACCGUGUCCCUAUCCAAUCGGGAGACAUAGCGGAGCUCGUGGGGAAGAUCCCUGGGCUGGAGAAGCUAGUAGUGAGGGAGAGCGACCUUGGGCAGGAAGAUGAUUAUUGCUCGAUCUCGUCGUCGCGUGUUAGGAGGAUCUUGGAGGAGGACGCCGCAUCUGAAAGACUUGGAGCUCGUAUAUCGGAAGAGGGAUGAUUGUGAGGCGGCGGUUACCGAGGCCAGAGUGAUGGAUGUCAUUGAAGAAAGGAUGUAUUCGCAUAGGCCUUUGAGGAGUCUGACUCUGGGUGUUGGGACUGCGCAUAUCUUUGCGGAGCCGACCCUUAUUCGCUCCCGGAUGAAGGUUCUGAGAGACGCGGGUCUAGGGUACUGUAGUUGAUAUAUACUUUGCACAUGCACAGCUGACUACAUCGUCAAGUUGUUGUACCGCCUUCUCAGCUGGAACACCGUCGUUCUUGCUGUCUAGGUUAUAGU